UACUUCUAGCUUCUCUCAAACUACGAGCUGUGAAAUUGCCUGUCAUCAAAGAUGUGUGGAAGUGCCUGAGGUGGUUAGGUCCUCCCUAUCUUGUUACCCUGGGGACAGGUGCCCUCCCCAGUCAACAAGCAAAAUCCUUGCUCCCCAUCCAGGAUGAGACAAUCUCUGGAGAGUAUGGGGUGAAUGGCUAAGCCACUUGAACAAAGAUUCCAGGGACUAGGACUCCUUCUAUGACCACACCUUGGGGCAAAUCCAGGGGUCUUCUUGCAGAAACAAGCUUGCAGCUCAGCCCUUGAUGUUACCUGCCUUCUGCCUCUGUGGCUAAAAUGUACCAUUUUUCCAGCAUAGCCUAGGCCCACCAGGUCCUGUCAUCCUUGUGUGAAACCUUAGUGAAGUGCUGCCAGGAGCAAAGAGCAGUGAAUGGCUCAGGGACUGAGACAUCUUGUCUGUACCUGACUCUUCCCCACCCUGCCUGAGCAAGGGUGAAGGAGCCAUAGGGCAGGAAACAGUACCAGUGGGAACACCAGUUUUGUGGGCCCCUCCCUGCCUCACCUCUGAUUGUAUCUGCCUUUCCUCCUCCCACCAAAACCUGGACUUCCCAAGGGAAGCAGAGCCAACUUUUAAGAAGGGUGGGGAUGAAGGGAGGGCAGGCUCAAGGGUGUGUCCUGGAAUGUGCUUGAGGUGGGCAUGGGCGACCCACCUGUUCUGGAAGGGAGCUGAUGACCUUUCCUUGGGUCUCAGACUACUUCCCAGACAGAAGGAUGCGAGAUGUUCCAAGAUCUACAAGUUCCAGCCUGUGCGGAGAGAGAGCAUCAGCUGGAGGAAUGUAGCAUGGAUGGGCUUCUAUAGGGUGAGACAGAGGGGGAGGAAUGGGUGGUCGUCUCAGGACCCUACUCAGGGAAGAAAAAAACAUGUUCCUCUACCCAGGCUGCAAGGAAUAGAAGUUGAGGUUAAGUACAGAAAAACAGGUACCUUUUCCUUCCCCCAACUUGAAGCUAAGGCAGAAUCUGUUGCAAAACUCCAUUUCCUCUUUCUGCCCUGUUGAGCUGGACCUAGAUAUAUUAUAGUUAUUUGUAGACUUUCUGUCUUCUGCCAUACUGUGAUCUUAAAGACAGGAGGGAAUUAGGUCUUAUUUGCCUUUGUCUCCCAUAUAUACGCACAAGUACACACAAGUGGGUAUUUGCCCAUAGUGUGCUCAGUAAACAUCUGGAGAGGAGACAGACUAGCUCACACCUGGCUUUUCAAGAGCUGCCCAUUUGGGAAGUCUUAUUAGCCUGGAAUCUAGAACCUAGUUAAUGAUUUGUUGUUUUGGAUGACAAUAAUUAUUUACUGAUAGAAGCAAGAGGGGGCCCUACAUUUCUAAGUGAUAAGGAAAUAGGGGAGUAUAGGAGACAGACGAAUGAAGUUCCUUUAGCUUUGUCCCUGUUGAGCUUUCUUCAAAGGGUCCUUUCUUGUCAGACUCAGGGUGUUAAGAGCUCAAAGGCAUUUUAGAGAUUGUCCAUUUGGCCUUAAACAUUUUUAUUGAGUCCCUACUAUAAGUCAUGCAUUGUAUUACUAUGUGCUGAUGAGAUUUUUUUACGAGAGGAAAAUCCACUUAAAGAAAGGGUGUGUAGUGAGUAACUGGCAAAUCUGAGGCUAAACCUUGCCCCUGGCUGCCUGACAUGUGCCUCUUCUCUGACAUGGGCUGUCCAUUGUUGCUUAGGCCUUCGCCUACCUGCCUUUCUCCUUAGCCUGCUCCUCAUUCCAAGACCUGUCCCAGGAGAAGGCCAAAAGAGUGGGAGCUUUCAACCUUGACCAUCUGGUCCACUUUUGGAUAUCUGCCCUUGUGGGUCAAAUGAGGGAUUGGUUCACCAGGUGAGUCUGCCUACAUUAAUACUGCUCAUGAUGUCUGCUGAGAGGCAGCAUAGGGAACUGGUUAAGGGCAUGGAACCAGAGGCCAACUGCCUGAGUUAAAUUUGUGCCUCAGUUUCCUCAUCUGUAAAAUGGGGAUGGUAUAGGUUCUACUCCUUAGGGUUCCUGUGAAGAUUAAGUGCAUUACUGUAUUUAAGUGCUUAAAACAGUACUUGGCCCACAGUAUAAGCACUACAUAAACAUUUGCUUUUUUAUAUUUCAUUUUUUAACUUUUUCAACCCAGCUGAGCCUAUCCAGAUUCGGGUAUGAGAAUGAAUGGAUGGGGCUGUAGUGGGGUACAGAACUUUCUGAUGCAUCCAUGGUCAAGUGAUUCCCAGUAGUGUUUAUCCUUGGUCCUGGCCCAGUAGAAGUAUCCAGCUGAGAGGCCUUCCACUUGCGGGCAUGUGAGCAGCUGAGUAGGGUGUUCCACUUGAACUCAUUUCCUCUUCUUCAAGUGGGAAGGUCAGCUGGGUGUCAGACUUGAUACACACCACCAUUUUUCCCUAAGAGGCUCCUGAUUUCCUGACUUUCCAUCCAGCUGGAUACAUAAUUAUUUAAUUUGGAGCUUUUAAGUGAUCCUAAGGAGAGCAGAAACAGGAUAUCCCAAGGAACUAGAAGCCAGUGGACAAGAAGGCAGGAGGACUGGGGCAUGAGGACAGUAUUGGGGUCUGUGGUCCGGAAGAUGACCUUUUCCUGGAAAAUUCAGCCCCUGCUCAGGGAGAGGAGGGGGCUGUUUCCAGUUAACUGCCAUGACCCUUUGGCUGCUCUAGGUUCCACUCCCCAUUUCUCUUUCCCUAACCAAGUCCUGUGGUUCUCUCUGUCCCUUUUAUUAUUUUUUGUCACCACUUGCCCACAGAAUCACAGAGUAUAAUUAUAAAACAAACAAGUUUGUCAUUGUUGGGAUCAGAUCUAAUGUUAUAAAAAUACUUCAUAUUUGCUUUUUAUUUUGACAAUGAAGUUACAAGGGCUUAUUGUAAAAUAGUCAAAUGCAAAUACAGAAAUACAGUACAUAUCUGACAUAUAAGUAAAUGUAAAUGUUUAUAGGUUACAUUAAAAUGCAUAUAUUUAUAUUGACAAAUAUAAAUAUACAUACAUAUAUACAUAUAGAGAUAUAAAAUGUAAAAAGUGGCAGGCUCUCUUAAUCCUGCUCUUCAUAUCACUCUUAAAUAUUUGGAGUCUAGUCCACAGAUUUAAUAUUUGUUUUUUUAAUAAAAAUUGAAUCAUACUAUCCAUGCUAUUCUGCAACUUAUUUUUUACAUAACAGCUUAUCUUGUUUUUCUCUCUUUAAAACAAUUAAAAUCCACAGGAAGGCUGUAACAAUCAUUCACGUAUCUCUGACAUCUUUAUAUGUUAACGGCUGCAAAGCACUGUUAGGGCCUUUGCAAAGCAUUUCAAGGCUAUCCUAUUUAAGGCUGAGAAGUAGUGAGGCUUGAUGUUACCACCCCCAUUUCACAGAUUAAUAAUAAAUUGAGCUGGCAUUAGAAUGUGACCCCUCUGUCCAGACUCAGUUCUUUUCACUAUCCCAUGCUGUCUCUUUAUAAACUUGGGAUUCAGAUGAGGGACUGAAUUAUGUGACUCAAAUUCUUAGCAUUUAUUGAUCCCUGAUACUUAACGUCACUUCCUUCUAAUAAGAAGUAGAAGAGGACUAAAAAGGGUAAUUUAUCUACUCUUUAGGAUUAGAAUCAAGUAGAUAACAUAAAUAUAUAGGAAAAAAGUCCUACACUUGCUACACAACACGUAAAUGAGCGCUGAUUACCAGGGAAUAAGAAAGAGGAAAUUAACAGUGAGAACUGAUGUAUUCAUUUACCAUUUAUAAAUGCCUCCUCUCUGUUGGGUCCCUUACCCCAGAAGAGAGGUGUAUACAAUGUCUAUAAUACACAUUUAGCACCUGCAUUACUAUUACCAUUCUCAAUGCUGAGAUUUUUUGGAGAUGUCAUUGUUCCUGGUUUGUUUGCUUAUUUGUUUUUAAAUAGUCUUCCCUGCUAGAGUCUCAGCUCUAAGGGAGAUUGAUAGUGACAAAGAAAGACAAUGAUAGAGAAGGAUGAGUUACCCAACAGAAUUAAUCGGGAAAAAGCUAACUGGAGGACCGGAGUUUCAAAUUGAAUGCUUUGGCAGAGGAAGGAAAAAGCAGCAGAGCCAACUGAAUCUGUAUGAUCAGGGAAGUAGUUCGUACUUACCAAACAUAAGCUAUUAAACUGUGAAACAUCUCAGUCAAUGAGUUUUCCUAGUUCUUCCAAUUACUCACAACCCCACCCCUACCCUCCACUCUCCGUCAAGAAGUCCUAGAUCCUUUGUCUUCCUCAUAUAAUCCAGCUGAUGGAAGGAGCAAGGCAGGAAGGCAGAAUUGGAAGUCGCCACCGUACUCAAAGCCCCCAGAAAAAAAUAUUUUUAACGAAUUCCAUGAAAGACUACGCCCUUUUUUCCUAGUAAUCCAAACAGUGUGAGUUCCCAAGUAAAUUAUUUUGGUCUAGCCUAUUUCUCUUGAAAUUUAAACUCUUUCUGAGCUCUUAAGAUAAAAGGGAGGAGGCAGGGGCUGGCCUUCCCGAUAGCGACAAAACAACGGAGAACCUGGAUACUCGACCCUGACUGGAAAAAGUGGAGAAACCCGCGGCCCCAAGAGGCCUUAACGCCCCAAAUCUCAUUACCCGGCUGUGCCAGCAUCACGUGAUGACGCACUGCGGCGGGUAAAAUACAACUCCCAGCGCGCCACGCGGCCCUCUGACGUUACGCAGCUCUCGCUGAUUGGGCUCCGGAGAUAUUUGAAAGGAGGGGCUGGCGCGGAAAACGAAGGUUACGUUUUGGAUCCUUGCGAAGAACUUUGGCGGCUUUAAGUCCUAGACCUGGGAAGGACGGCAACCUUUGGGGAAGUUAGACCCGGAGGGACUAGUGAGCUUGUGUACGCGCCAAGCCCUCUGGUGCCAUGAGAAGCUUCAAAGGAGUCAACUUUGGGGCUCUGCUAAGCAGCCUGAAGGAGACUAAAGAGUUGCUAGCUGACUUGAAGGAGUUCCUGUCCAAGAUUCCACCUGGUUCUUCCAGCUGCCGAUCCUAUGCUGAGAGGAGACAAGCUUGUGAUGCCAUACUGAGGGCUUGCAACCAGCAGCUGACAGCCAAGUUGGCUUGCCCUAGACACCUGGGGAGUCUACUGGAGCUGGCGGAGCUGGCCUGCAAUGGCUACUUGGUGUCCACCCCCCAGCGCCCACACCUCUACCUGGAACGAAUUCUGUUUAUCUUUCUGCGUAAUGUUGCUGCACAGGGAAUCCCAGAGGCCACACUCCGACUGGCUAAGCCCCUUCACGCCUGCUUGGUGCAGUGCUCUCACCAAGCUGCUCCUCAGGACUAUGAGGCUGUGGCUCAGGGCAGCUUUUCUCUGCUUUGGAAGGGAGCAGAAGCCCUGGUGGAGCGGGGAGCUGCCUUGUCAGCUAGGCUGCAGGCCUUGAGCUUUCUAGUACUCUUGGAGGAUGAAAGUACCCCUUAUGAAGUUCCCCACUUUGCUUCUCCAACAGCCUGUCGAGUGGUAGCUGCCCAUCAGCUAUUUGAUGCUACUGGGCAUGGUCUUAAUGAAGCAGAUGCAGAUUUCCUAGAUGACCUGCUCUCCAGGCAUGUUAUCAGAGUCUUGGUGGGUGAGAGAGAGGGCUCUCCUGGUCCUCUUUCUCCCCAGAGGGCCCUCUGUCUCUUGGAGCUUACCCUGGAAUACUGCCGUCGCCUCUGCUGGAGCCACCACCAUGCCAAAGCCACCAGGGCAGUUGAGAAAGUCCACAAUUACUUAAGGAACACCAGUCUGGCCCCCAGCCUCCAGCUAUGCCAACUGGGAGUUGAACUGCUGCAGGUCGGAGAGGGAAGAUCCCAGGCAGUGGCCAAAAUUCUGAUCAAGGCAUCAGCUGUCCUCAACAACAACAUGGAGGCACUGUCACCCCCACUGCGGGCAUUGUGUGACAGCUGCCAGUUCUUCUUCUCAGGCUUAGAGCGAGGCACCAAGAGGCGCUAUGGACCUGAUGCUAUUCUGGGCCUCUUUGCUUUUCUUGGCGGGUACUGCUCCCUCAUCCGGCAGCUGCAGGAUGGUGUCUGCAGGGACUCCUCCAAGCAGCAUCAGUCUUUGGUUCAGAUGUACUUCCAGGGACUUCACCUCUACACUGUGGUGGUUUAUGACUUUGCCCAAGGCUGUCAGGUAGCUGAUUUGACUGACCUGGCCCAGCUAGUAGAGAGUUGCAAAUCUACCGUGGCGUGGAUGCUGGAGGCUUUACAGGGCUUGUCAGGCCAAAUGCUGACGGAGUACCUGGGGAUGACUGCCUCUUACACCAGUAACUUGGCCUACAGCUUCUAUAGUCACAAGCUCUUUGCUGAGGCCUGUGCCAUCUCUGAGCCUGUCUGUCAGCACCUUGGCUUGGUGAAGUUACAUACCUAUCCUGAGGUGCCUUCUGAGAAGUUGCACAGGUGCUUCCGGCUGCAUGUAGAGAGUUUGAAGAAACUGGGUGAACAGGCCCAGGGCUGCAAGAUGGUCACUUUGUGGCUGGCAGCCCUGCAGCCCUGCAGCCCUGAACACAUGACUGAGCCAGUCACCUUCUGGGUCCGAGUCAAGAUGGAUGCAGCCAGAGCUGGAGACAAGGAGCUACAGCUGAGGACUCUGCGAGACAGCCUGAGCGGCUGGGACCCAGAGACCCUGGCCCUCCUGCUGAGGGAGGAGCUGCAGGCUUACAAGGCGGUGCGGGCUGACACAGGGCAGGAGCGGUUCAACGUCAUCUGUGACCUGCUGGAGCUAAGCCCUGAGGAGACACCGACGGGAGCCUGGGCUCGAGCCACCCACCUGGUGGAACUGGCUCAGGUGCUCUGCUACCAUGACUUUGCCCAGCAGACUGACUGCUCUGCCUUGGAUGCUAUCCAGGAAGCCCUGCAGCUCCUGGAGUCUGUGAGGCCUGAGGCCCAGGCCGAGGAUCGGCUUCUGGAUGAUAAAGCACAAGCCCUGCUGUGGCUCUACAUCUGUACCCUGGAGGCCAAAAUGCAGGAAGGUAUCGAGCGGGAUCAGAGAGCCCAGGCCCCUACUAACUUGGAGGAAUUUGAAGUCAAUGACCUGAACUAUGAAGAUAAACUCCAGGAAGAUCGUUUCCUAUACAGUAACAUUGCCUUCAACCUGGCUGCAGAUGCUGGUGAAGACUGUAAACAUGCUCAGUCCAAAUGCUUGGACGAAGCCCUAGCCCUGUGGAAGGAGGUGCUUACAAAGGGGCAGGCCCCCACUCUGCGGUGUCUCCAGCAGACUGCAGCCUCACUGCAGAUCCUAGCUGCCCUCUAUCAGCUGGUGGCAAAGCCCCUGCAGGCUCUGGAGGUCCUCCUUCUUGUACGGAUUGUCUCCCAGAGACUGGAAGACCAUGCGAAGGCAGCUGGCUCCUCGUGCCAUGCCACCCAGCUGCUCCUGGCACUGGGCUGUCCCAGCUAUGCUCAGUUACACCUGGAAGAGGCAAAGUCAAGUCUGAAGCUUCUGGAUCACACCACUGACUCAUACCUGCUCCUUUCCCUCACGUGUGACCUUCUUCAAAGUCAACUCUGUUAUGUUCACCAGCAGGUGACUGAGGGUGCUUCUCUGUUGCUGUCUGUGCUUCGGGACCCUGCCCUCCAGAGAUCAUCCAAGGCCUGGUACUUGCUGCGUGUCCAGGCCCUGCAACUGGUGGCAGUCUAUCUUAGCCUCUCAUCAGACAGCCUCUCAGCCUCCCUGGGGGAGCAGAUCUGUGCUCAAGGCUGGCAGACCCCUGAGAUAGCACUCAUCGACUCCCAUAAGCUCCUCCGAAGCAUCCUCCUCCUGCUCAUGGGCAGUGACAUGCUCUCAGUUCAAAAAGCAGCUGUGGAGACUCCGUUUCUGGACUAUGGUGAAAAUCUGGUGCAAAAAUGGCAGGUUCUUGCAGAGGUGCUGAGUUGCUCGGAGAAGCUUGUCUCUCACCUGGGCCGCCUGGGUAGUGUGAGUGAAGCCAAGGCCUUUUGCUUGGAGGCCCUGAAACUUACGACAAAGCUACAGAUGCCACGCCAGUGUGCCCUGUUCCUGGUGCUGAAGGGGGAGCUGGAGCUGGCCCGUAAUGACGUUGACCUCUGUCAGUCGGACCUGCAGCAGGUUCUGUUCUUGCUCGAAUCUUGCACAGAGUUUGGUGGACUAGCCCAGCACCCGGACUCCGUGAAGAAGGUCCACCUGCAGAAGGGGAAGCAUCUGGCCCAGGUUCCCCGACCUCCAGAGCUCCCAGAGGAGGAGCCCUUCCUAAGAGGCCCUUCUCUGGAGCUGGUUGCUACUGUGGCCAAGGAGCCUGGCCCCAUAGCACCUUCUACUAACUCCUCCCCAGCCCUGAAAGUGAAGCCCCCACCCAGCCCCGACUUCCUGACCCAUUUGCCCACAUGUGAUUGCUCACUCUGUGCCAGCCCUGUCCUCUCGGCAGUCUGUCUGCGCUGGACACUGGUCACAGCAGAGUUGAGGCUGACCACGGGCCAUGAGGCCCAGGGUCUGAAUAUGCUGCGGGUCGUGCUGAAGGGUUGCCUCGCAGCCACCGAGCGCUUUACUCAAGCUCUACAAGCUUCCCUGAAUCACAAAGCACCCCCUUCCCCUGUCCCAAGCCUUUUGGAUGAGAUCUUGGCUAAGGCAUACACACAGCUGGCACUGGAGGGGUUGAGCCAGCCAUCAAACAAGAGCCUGGGGAAGGUCCUGGAGUUGGGGCUAAAGUUUGUGGCUGCUCGGAUACCCCACCUGGAGCCCUGGCGAGCUAGCCUACUCUUGAUUUGGGCCCUUGAAAAGCUGGCUGGCCUCAGCUGCUGCACUACAGAACUCUUCGCAAGCUCCUGGGGCUGGCAGCCACCAUCAAUAAAGACCCCGCCAGGCUCAGGGCCCUCUAAGCCUUGGAGCCAAAAGCAUUCUGGACGGGGGCGCCAGCAGGCAGUCUCCACCACCCUGCCCCUCCAUAAUACUCUGGAAGGUGGAGGACCACCCUCUACACCUAAACCCACAGGUCAGGUCAGGCAGGCUGGGCCUCGUGUCCCUUUCACUGUGUUUGAAGAAGUCUUCCACACAAAGAGCAAGCCAGAGGUUCCCAAGGCCCCCAAAGUACAACAGAGGGUCCAGACACGCCUCAAGAUGAACUUCAGUGAUGACAGUGACUUGGAAGACCCUUUCUCAGUUGAGGCACAGCUUGCAGAGGAGCUCAAGAGGCGAGGCACUGCUUCCCGAGGCCGGGGCCGGGCUAGGAAUGGCCCAAGCUUGAAGACUGUUACAACGGCUGCGCCAGGUAGUGUCCCCAAGCAACCUGGCCUUGGUGGCAGAACCCGGAGAGCCAAGAAGGUGGCAUCAGGACAUUGUGAGGAGCUGGGUCCUGAGAUCAUGAGGACCAUCCCUGAGGAGGAACUGACUGACAACCAGAUGGAAAUGAGCUUUGAGAUCCUCAGGGGCUCUGAUGGGGAAGACUCAUCCUCAGGUGGGAAGGCCCCAGCUCCUGGGCCUGACACGGCCAUAGGAGAAUGUGAGGUGCUGAGACGGGAUUCCAGCAAAGAAGAACUGCCCAUCCUGGGCCCAGACAAGGAGAGAGACAAGGCUCUUGAUCCUCGACACCAACUCCCCUCGACUCCUGUAGCCAUUGGUCUCUCUACCCUGGAUUCCAUCUGUGACUCGCUGAGUGUUGCUUUCCGUGGGGUCAGUCACUGUCCUCCUAGUGGGCUCUACGCUCACCUCUGCCGCUUGUUGGCCUUGUGCCUGGGCCACCGGGAUCCCUAUGCCACUGCCUGCCUUGUCACUGAGUCUGUCUCCAUCACUUGUCGUCACCAGCUGCUCACCCAUCUCCACAGACAGCUCAGCAAAGCCCAGAAGCACCGGGGAUCAGUCGAAGUAACAGACCAGCUGCAGAAGCUAAGCCUCCAGGAGAGGCAGGGAGAUGUCCCUCUGGCCCGCAUCCAGCGCCUCUUUUCCUUCAGGGCUUCGGGAUCUGGCCACUUCCUCCAGGCUGAGAAGGAGAGAUUCCAAGAGCACCUGGCUCUGAUCCCCAGUGGGGUGACUGUGUGUGUGUUGGCUCUGGCUACCCUCCAGCCUGGAACUGUAGACAACACCCUCCUGCUGACUCGCCUGGAAAAAGACAAUCACCCAGUCACUGUGCAGAUCGCCACUGCCCAGAAUAAGUUUCCUUUGAGUUCAGCCCUGAAAGAGUUUGAUGCCAUCCAGAAGGAACAGAAGGAGAACAGCAGCUGUACUGACAAGCGUGAAUGGUGGACAGGGAGGCUAGAACUGGACCGUAGGAUGGAGGUUCUCAUCACUUCCCUAGAGAAGCAUGUAUUGGGCUGCUGGAGGGGGCUGUUGGUGCCAUCCAGUGAGGACUCCAGCCCUGCCCGGGAGGCCUCCCAGCUACAAGAGUUGCUGCAGGAAUGUGGCUGGAAAUAUCCUGAUCCUACUCUGCUGAAAAUCAUGCUCAGUGGUGCCAGCACCCUCACCCCACAGGACAUUCAGGCCCUGGCCUAUGGGCUGUGCCCAGCCCGGCCAGAGAGAGCCCAGGAGCUCCUGAGUGAGGCAAUAGGACGUCUACAGGGUCAGACGGUACCAAGCAAUAAGCACCUUGUCUUAGUGCUAGACAAGGACCUGCAGAAACUGCCAUGGGAGAGCAUGCCCAGCCUCCGGGCACUGCCUGUCACUCGGCUGCCCUCCUUCCACUUCCUACUCAGCUACUCCAUCAUCAGAGAGUCUGGGGCCUCAUCAGUGCUGAGCCAAGGGGUGGAUCCUCGCAGUACCUUCUACGUCCUGAACCCUCACAAUAACCUGUCAAGUACAGAGGAGCAAUUCCGAGCCCGUUUUAACAGUGAAGCUGGCUGGAAAGGGGUGGUCGGGGAGGUGCCAAGCCCGGCACAGGUGCAAGCGGCCCUAACAGAGCACGACCUAUAUAUCUAUGCCGGGCAUGGGGCCGGUGCCCGAUUUCUGGAUGGGCAGGCUGUCCUACGGCUGAGCUGCCGGGCAGUAGCCUUGCUGUUUGGCUGCAGCAGUGCAGCCCUCGCUGUGCACGGAAACCUGGAGGGGGCUGGCAUCGUGCUCAAGUAUAUCAUGGCUGGUUGCCCCCUGUUUCUGGGUAACCUAUGGGAUGUGACUGACCGUGAUAUUGACCGCUACACAGAGGCUCUGCUGCAGGGCUGGCUCGGAGCAGGCCCAGGAGCCCCCCUUCUCUACUAUGUCAACCAGGCCCGCCAGGCUCCCCGACUCAAGUAUCUUAUUGGGGCUGCACCUGUAGCCUAUGGCUUGCCUGUCUCUCUGCGGUGACCCCUUGGAGCUGCCCUAUUGCUGACAGAAACCAUGUGACUGUUCUACCUCCCAUACUUAGAUUUAACCUUUAAGAUAAAUAUUUUAAGAGCUUUUCCUUAGUAUUUUAUAUGGACCAUUUCCUUUUUAUUUCACCUUAAUAUAAAAUAAAGAUACACUACUUAAA